UGGUGAUGCUGCUCUGUGGCGCGUAGAGGAGGAGAGAGAGCGCGUCCGCUGCCCAAUGACAGCGCAGGAUGCUGAGAGAGGCUGCUGGGGUGAAUGGAGGCGACAAGAUGCCGUCUAGAGCGGCGGAGGAGAGGAAUUAACAACGACAAAGAUCUGAGUGCGACGUGCUCCACCCACUAAGGCAUGAAAUAAGUGGCUCAUGCGCGGUUCAGAGAGUCAGAGCAGUCUCAUUUCAGCGCGCCCCUGUUAAGGACCCUCUGGUGGCUCCACCACCGAUUCACAGGACAUGUACGGCAGUGCCAGAGCUGUUGGCCACAUAGAGAGCAGCCCCGCGCGGUCCCCACGCCUGCCGAGGUCCCCCAGACUGGGCCAUCGGAGGGCCAACAGCGGGGGUGGGGGUGGUGCGGGGGGCAAGACGCUCUCCAUGGAGAACAUCCAGUCCCUCAACGCUGCCUAUGCCACUUCCGGGCCCAUGUACCUGAGCGACCACGAGGGCGUGGGCUCCACUGCCACCUACCCCAAAGGAACGAUGACUCUGGGUCGCGCCACCAGCCGGGCCAUGUACGGGGGCCGCGUCACAGCAAUGGGCAGCAGUCCCAACAUCGCUUCGGUGGGGCUGGGGCCCCAUGCUGACCUUCUGUCUUACAGUGACCUGGGCUCCCUCUCCAUGCUGCACCCCCACCACCACCAGGGGGUGCCCUCGGCCCUGCUCAGGCAGGCGGUGCGGGGCAGUGGGGGGGAGCUGCUGGAGAUGCAGGCCCAGCUCCGGGAGAUGCAGAGGGAGAAUGAGUUGCUGCGCAGGGAGCUUGACCUGAAGGACAGUAAGUUGGGAUCCUCCACCAAUAGCAUCAAGAGCUUCUGGAGUCCCGAGCUGAAGAAGGAGAGGAUAAUGAGGAAGGAGGAAGCGGCCCGCACCUCGAUCCUUAAAGAGCAGAUGAGAGUCACUCACGAGGAGAACCAGCUGCUGGAUGCCCGGAGAACCAAGCAUCUGCAGAUGACUAUCCAGGCCCUGCAGGACGAGCUGCGCACACAACGAGACCUGAACCACCUGCUGCAGCAGGAGAGUGGGAACCGGUCCGGCGCCGAGCACUUCACCACCAUCGAGCUGACGGAGGAGAACUUUCGCCGGCUGCAGGCGGAACAUGACAGGCAGGCCAAGGAGCUGUUCCUGCUCAGGAAGACACUGGAAGAGAUGGAGCUGAGGAUCGAGACCCAGAAACAGACCCUGGGCGCCAGGGACGAGUCCAUUAAGAAGCUGCUGGAGAUGCUGCAGAGCAAGGGGCUGCCCUCGGGGCCCGGCAGGGCGUCUGAGGAGGAGGAGCAGGAGCGAGCCAGGCGCAUUGCCGAGGCUGAGGCCCAGCUCGGACACCUGGAGGUCAUUCUGGAUCAAAAGGAAAAGGAGAACAUCCACCUGCGAGAGGAGCUGCACAGACGGAAUCAGCUGCAUCAGGAUCCGAGCAAGACCAAGGCCCUGCAGACCAUCAUUGAGAUGAAAGACACCAAAAUUGCCUCACUGGAGCGCAACAUCCGAGAUCUGGAGGAUGAGAUCCAAAUGCUGAAGGCAAACGGUUUACUGAACACUGAAGACAGAGAGGAGGAGAUCAAGCAGAUGGAGGUCUACAAGAACCACUCCAAGUUUAUGAAGACUAAGAUUGACCAGCUGAAGCAGGAACUGUCAAAGAAGGAGUCUGAGUUGCUGGCUCUGCAGACAAAACUGGAGACCCUCAACAACCAAAACUCCGACUGCAAACAGCAUAUCGAGGUGCUUAAAGAGUCUCUCACUGCCAAGGAGCAACGUGCUGCCAUUCUGCAAACAGAGGUGGAUGCCCUACGUCUCCGUUUGGAGGAGAAAGAGUCCUUCCUGAACAAGAAAACCAAGCAGCUGCAGGAUCUGACGGAGGAGAAGGGCACGCUCGCUGGAGAAAUCAGGGACAUGAAGGACAUGCUCGAGGUUAAAGAACGGAAGAUUAACGUCCUGCAGAAGAAGAUUGAGAACCUGCAGGAGCAGCUGAGGGACAAAGACAAGCAACUGGGGAACCUGAAGGACCGAGUUAAGUCCCUGCAGACUGACUCCAGUAACACAGACACUGCCCUGGCCACGCUGGAGGAGGCGCUGUCCGAGAAGGAGAGAAUUAUCGAGCGCUUAAAGGACCAAAGGGAGAGGGAAGACAGAGAACGCCUGGAAGAAGCAGAUUCCUACAAGAAGGAGAACAAGGAGCUGAAGGAGAAGGUCAACAGCCUGCAGAUAGAGUUAACAGACAAAGAGUCCAGUCUCAUUGAUCUAAAAGAACAUGCUUCGUCCCUCGCGUCCUCCGGCCUCAAGAAGGAUUCAAAACUCAAAUCACUAGAGAUCGCCAUUGAGCAGAAAAAAGAGGAGUGUAGUAAGUUGGAGACACAGUUGCAGAAGCAAGCUGAGCAGCUAUUCAGUCACAUGAACAAUCCUAAGGCUCACGAGGUGGAACAGCAGACGGGCCCCAGAGGGAACCUGGACUAUGUGGACAGGGUCAAGCUGCUGGAGAAGGAGGUGAGCUACUACAAAGACGAGUCCAACAAGGCGCAGGCGGAGGUGGAGCGACUGCUGGACAUCCUGCGAGAGGUGGAGACCGAGAAGAAUGACAAGGACAAGAAGAUCGCUGAGCUGGAGAGUUUAGCUCCCAGGCAAGGAGGCAAAGACCAAACUAAAAAGGGUCCAAACAUCAAACUGGGACCACAAGGAGACAAGAAAGUCUUGGACCCUCGAAAGGACAGCUCUUUGGACAGUGGCCACCACCUAAAGUUGGAGGAACUGAUGAACACAUUGGAGAGGACGAGGCAGGAGCUGGAUGCCACCAAGCAGCGUCUGUCCUCCACACAGCAGUCGCUGCAGGAGAGAGACACCCACCUGACCAACAUGAGGCAAGAGCGCAGGAAACAGCUGGAGGAGAUCCUGGAGAUGAAACAACAAGCUCUGCUGGCAGCCAUCAGCGAGAAAGAUGCUAAUAUCGCACUGCUGGAACUGUCUGCCUCCAAUAAGAAGAAAACCCAGGAGGAAGUGCUGGCCCUCAAGAGGGAGCGGGACAAACUGAUGCACCAGCUCAAACAACAUACACAAAGCAGGAUGAAGCUGAUAGCCGACAACUAUGAAGAUGAGCAAUAUCAUCCGCACGGUCCCCACCACCCCCAGCCUCAGCCCCCGCACGCUCAGCCCCAACCCCAGCCCCAGUACCCGCACCCGCCGCACUCUCAGCAGACCCCGUAUCCACACGCCCCACAUCCACAGCAUCCUCAGCACCCGCAGCACCCACAGGCCCCCCCGCAGCACCCGCACCCCCAGCAGCCGCAGCCACAGUACCCGCACUCUCCCCACCCACAGCAUCCGCAGCCACACCCCCAGCAUCCCCAAGCGCCGCCGCAGCUCCAGCAGCACCCGCGCCCCCCACAGCCCCAGCACCCCCACCAACAGCACCCUCAGCACUCCCCGCACCCUACACAGCAUCCACAUGGGCAUCCCCCAUCACAGCACCCUCACCCCCAGCACCCGCACGGCACCCCCCAACAAGGGCCACACCCCCAGCACCCACAUCCUCAGCACCCCCAGCAUCCGCAGCACCCACACCACGUCCAGCAUCCCCGUCACCCAUCUCCCCAUCAUCGUGGAGGACCACUGCGAGGGCCCCCACAUGCUGGUCACCGGCCCUCUCCAGACCAGGAUGACGAGGAGGGCAUUUGGGCAUAAUCCUGUCUGUGACAACCAAAGCUAUAAUGUUGUUUUUAGGGGGAAGAGGAGGCUGCACUCAGGUGUGCAGGUCAUGCAGGGAGACUGGCAGCUGAGCAGGUGACCUGGGACCGCUGCUCUGUGAACUGGGGCAUCUGCCAUCGACCUUCUCCUCAUAGGAUCCCAGUAAUAGAACUGAGUCAGGUACUGGCGUUCCCGCACGUGAUUGACGUGGCGGCCCUGCAUUAGAGGUCUCAGUGAGCUCACCUCACCUGUCUGUCACCUGCUGAAUGCUCCACCUCUUCAGAUCCUCCCAGGGAUAUCAUGACAGUCUGCCAGUUCAGUAUUUAUGUCUCCCAUUGUUCUUCCUGUGGCUGGUUCAAGAUCAUGGUUGUCUUUGGCGUCUGACUGACUCCUCUGGAUCUAAUUGGCUCCCAGGACCUGGGUUUCCUGAUUCUCACUGCCCUGCGGACCCGCCUGGUGACAUCUGACCCCCCCGUGCGGCUACCACGGCCUUCAGUGUGUCUCUUCUCUUCUGUUACCAUCCAAUAUCAACGGGCUGUUUGGACCUGGCGUUUCCUGUUCAGUAGCAUGCUCCACACAUACCAGAGUUAUAAAUGAUUUUCAACUUUUUGUUGUCAUUUCUCCUUCUGGCAAAAGGGAGAGUUCGAGAUUCAGCCUUGUUUGCAGCAUGAGCAGGGCCCUCCAGGCUUAUAGCUGUGGUUGCCAUUAACACUUCUCCUCAUCUUACCUCAUUUUAAUCAGAAGUAGUCAAAAAAGAGUCAAUCUAUGCAGAUUUUAACAUAGAGCGAAUGGAUUUUCAUUUCUCCAUCCUCAUACAAUAUUUUUAAUCAAAUUGUAAUUAACUUUCCAAUCAGAGCGGCCAAGAGAGUGGUCAGAGAAGCCGAUCAUGUCGAGCCUCUGAGACUAUGCACCUAUGCACCUCCUCUGUGUUGCAGGAAUUUUUACUAAUGGUGCUUCUGCUGGUGCUCAAACUAAACGGUGUCAGAAGACCUGGUUAAGAGCAUCUUUUGUCCUUUUACUGCUGAGGAACUUGAUCCCGCAACAGGCUUCAAAAACAUCUGUAAAAGAAACUGCUUUGUACAAACGAUUUGACCACAGGGGCUUUGUGAGCAUCUCUUCGAGAGCCACACAGAGGUGAUUUCUCUGUAUACAGUAAAAACUGCUACUAUAGAUAACAUAACAUACUAUGAAGUGGAGGCAGAUGUCCACCAGAUGUUUUCCACUGCAGGUCACCCAGUCUCCGAUCUGACGCCUGCUCCCCUCUCCUCAUUCUCUUCCAGCAGUAAUCUGCGUGUCCUCCCUAAACAUAGUGACAUGUUUUCUCCUUCUCAACAAGGUGGCCUGUGCCUCACAAAACUGUACACAUAUAUGAUAGAUAUGCAUAUAUUAUACAUAUAGAGAGAAAUCUAUAGAGUGUGUCUAUAUGUGGUCAAAAAAUAGUUUCAAACUGACAAGAUAUUAAAUGUUUUUUUUUCAUGAUUAUUUUUCUAACUGGCUGGAGGUCAAAGAAGUCUUAUUUAGAAUAUUGAGUGGUGUGAUUUUCCUCUGAUUUGUACAUUGUGAAAAGCCCCCCUCAUCAUCAGCAAGUAACAUUCCCUGUCUGAUCUACAGGACAGCCCAGGAUUUAGAAAAAUAGCGCUUUAGUUUAUAAGAAGUUGAGAAGUGCAUCCAAAUAUAUCUAGAGUUCUAGAAAAAGAUUACAUUCCUUUAGAAAAUGUGAAAACAUCUCAGUUGAAGACCACUUGGCCUGUGGUACGUUAGGAACAAAAAAAAACAAAAAACAAACAAACACAAGAGACAGGAUUUGCAGCUCACAUCAGUAGCAAUGAGAUUAUGACUGCAGAUCUCUGCAGUCAGAAACUUGCACUUGUGAGUGAGGACUAUCACUACGAUCACUUAAGUGGAGGUUUGAGUGACUCUGUUGCGAGCAUUUCUUUCACGUUUGUUGUUGUCGACGUCUUGUAAACAGAAGUGGUGAUGUAUGUGACUGUGACAGCUGAUUACCUAGAAAAAAACAAUACAUAUUGUUAUAGUAAAUUGAAUUAGACUGUUACUAUGCCCACUUCCUCUCCUUCCCCCUCAUGGUGCCUGUGUGUCUCCCUUGUGCGGCCAAGUGUUGACUGUUGUAUAUAAUUGUCCAGCGUCCGUCCUCCGAACCGAGGUGAUCCAUGUCAUCAUCUGUUACACGUCUGCUUAACACACGAUCCUUCACAGCUCCCGUCACUGACCAAGAAUCAACGGAUUGUGUGAAACGUUAGUGUUUGUGUUUACAAAUAAUAAACGAAUAGUGUUGGAUUGGAUGGGACAAAAAAAAAAAGAGGAAAGAUAAUGCAAACGGACAGAGGAGCGAAAAUCCUCUCACUUCACCAUCAGGGGGGUGGAGUAUGAAUCCUCCAUUUUCAGGUUUUUAUCUACUGAAUACUUGAAGUAGGGGGUUCUCCUACCAUGAGAAAUAGCAUAUAUGAUUUACAUGGUGGAAAACAUGGAACAUUUCAAUUGUGCCCAUGCAUGCUGAUUUUUACGUAAUGUGCCAACCGAGAAUGACGACGUAAGGAUAAUCUCCUGUUCUCUAUGCAGAGCGAGCUCUCCACUAAGGUUCAGGAGACACAGGCUGGGGCUGGUUUCCUGGGCUUAGACUAAAGACUAAUCCUGGUGACUGGUGCUGCAGGCGAGAAGUCUGCAUCUGUGCCUAGAAGCAGCUGCGUAGAAAGACUUGAGCUGAAGGGCAUGUAGGUUCUCCAGUAAGUUUCAAAAGGCCUUCGAAAAAGUAUAAAAGCCUGACAUACACUUUCAUUUUAGGUCAGAAACCGGUUUUAUUUUCUUUUAUUGUAUUUCGCUGAAAGGUUUGACUUAAACAAAUCACUGUGACCAAUGCCAGAAACAUUUUGUUUGACAGAACAAAUGUUAUGUUUACAUAUUUAUUAUUCAUUUUAUAUUUAAUUUAACUUUGUUUUUAUAGUUUCAGCUUGUUGAAGAUGCCAGUUUGAGACUGUACUAUUUGUAUAAGUAAAUGUUUUGAGCUGUACAGUAAAGACCUAGGAACAAGUUAAUGUGAGUGUCCAGCAUGCUGAAUGAAUACGUGUGUGAACGUGGGCUUAUUUCUCAUGAAGCGUCGCACCUCAUACAUGAUUUGCAUCUGCAUCGUGCAUUGUGACGGUGUGAUGUUGUGUUGGAGAGUGACGUGUGUCUCACUUACUGUGUCCCCCUAGUAGACAGCCUGUGCAGUUUUGUGAGAGUGCAGCAUGUUUUUGGGUUUGCUGGUGUAAAUGUACUGACAAAAAGUGUGUGUGUGCUUGCGUGCGUGCCUGUGUGUGUGUGUGUGUGUGUGUGUGUGUGUGUGUGUGUGUGUGUGUGUGUACAACUGCAUCUAUUCUUUUCUUGAGGAUGUCUACGUGUAUGGAUGUGAUGAUGUGUGUGUCUUUUACAAAUGCAUAGAGAAAAGCUAUUUAAAAAAAAAUAAACAAGUUACAACAGGCGAAAAAAGCGAGACUGGGUAAAGGUUUUGAAUGAAGCAUGGAUACUCUGUAACGUUUUCCGUUUUCUAAACCUAGGAGGCUGUCCUCAGUGCCCCAGUUUGCUAUUGUAUGUGCUGUAUCAGAAUAUUACUAUUGAGUGUUGGCCAGCUUGUUUAUAUCCAUCAAAUAAAGGUGACUUUCUUUCUGUC